UUACUACCAUGCCACACUCCCUACCCCCCCACCCCUCCCGAAAGUCACGCCCGUCCCACGCUCGGCUCGUCCAUUUCACUCGUUCACACGCCUCCUCUUCACCAUCCAUUUCUCCACCCUUCUCUCUCUCCUCACGCAGAUCCUCCAUCCAUUCCAGCCCACUUUCACACCACCCGUCUUCCUCCUCCUUCCCCUCUUCUCCCUCCUCCUCCUCCUCCUCCUCCUCCUCACCAGUGGCCCAAGCUCCCCUGCGCCUGCUCCCCAUCUCCCUCUGCCUUCCCGCCCCCGCUCUCCUUCCAUUGGCUGACGCUGGUGGCGUGCGCCUGCCUGAUUGGCCACGCUCCGGCCGGCGCGCGGGCCGGCGAGACCUGGGGUGCAGUCUCCUCGUGCCCAUUCCACUGCGUGUGCCGCAACCUCUCCGAGUCGCUGAGCACGCUGUGUGCCGACAAAGGGCUCCUCUUCGUGCCGCCCAACGUGGACCGCCGGACGGUGGAGCUCCGUCUGGCCGACAACUUUAUCCGGGAGGUGGGCGGCGCGGACUUCGCCAACAUGUCGGGCCUGGUGGACCUGACGCUGUCCCGCAACACCAUCCACAUCAUCCGCCCGCUGGCCUUCGCUGACCUGGAGAGCCUGCGCUCGCUCCACCUGGACACCAACCGGCUGAGUGCGCUAGGACCGCGCGACCUCACGGGCCUCCUCAACCUCCAGCACCUCAUCCUCAACAACAACCAGCUGACCAACAUCUCCUCCGAGGCCUUCGACGACUUCCUCCUCACACUCGAGGACCUGGACCUCUCCUACAACAACCUGCGCAAAGCACCCUGGGAAGCCAUCCAAAACAUGGCCUCCUUACACACCUUGAACUUGGACCACAACCUCAUCGACCAAAUUGCCGAGGGCUCGUUUAGCGAGCUCUACAAGCUGGCGCGCCUGGACAUGACGUCCAACCGUCUCCGGACGCUGCCGCCGGACUCGCUGUUUGCGCGCUCGCAGAUCGGUGCCAUCAGCCCGACGCCGUACAACUCCAUUGUGAGCGUCCACUUCGGCGGUAACCCGCUGCACUGCAACUGUGAGCUGCUCUGGCUGAGGCGUCUGUCGCGUGGCGAUGACAUGGAGACGUGCUCAUCGCCGCCGCAGCUCGCUGGGCGUUACUUCUGGUCGGUGCCCGAGGAGGAGUUUGCCUGCGAGCCGCCUUUGAUCACGCGCCGGACACAUAAGCUCUGGGUACUCGAGGGUCAGCGGGCCACCCUACGGUGCCGUGCCAUCGGCGACCCGCCGCCCGAGGUCCACUGGGUGUCGCCGGGCGACCGCAUUGUGUCCAACAGCAGCCGUGUGGCCUCCUACCGCAACGGCACUCUGGAGAUCCUGGUGACCGUUGCGCGUGACGAUGGGCCGUACCGCUGCAUUGCCAUCAACGCCGCGGGCGAGGCCGCCGCCACAGUCGACCUCAAGGUCAUCCCGCUGCCACACCGCGGCAAUGGCACCGUCAUGCUGACCCGGGACCCCGGCUCGUCCGACAUCACCACGGGGAAGACCAACGGCGGGAGUAGCAGCAAUGGCGCCGGGGCAGCCACCGGCACAAAUGGCAAUGGGGCUGCCUCGGACACACAGGACCCCCAGGUGCCUCAGGACGCGAGUAAGGGCCAGGAGGCCAAGAAGGAGGACAGGGAGGAGGGGGAGGGGACGACGGCCGAGGGGAGAGAGGGAGGUGGGGGGGCAGCCGAGGUGCGGGUGGUGGGGGUGAUAGGGGUGACUUCCACCUCUGCCCAGGUGCGCUGGGACAUGGGCCGUCUGCCAGGCUCCUAUCUAGUAUGGAUGUACCAGAUCCAGUACAACUGCACGGCCGACGACACACUCGUGUACAGAAUCUUGCCAUCCACAAGUGACAGCUUCCUGCUGAAGAACCUGGUGUCCGGCGCUGACUACAACCUGUGCGUGUUGGCCAUCUUCGACGACACGGUCACCUCCCUCGCCGCCACAAAGGUGCUGGGCUGUGCCCAGUUCAGCACCAAGGACAACUACCCAGAAUGCAACUCUCUGCGCGCCCACUUCCUGGGCGGCACGCUGACCAUCCUGGUGGGCGGCGUGGUGGUGGUGACGCUGCUGGUGUUCACCGUCGCGCUGAUGGUGCGCCACCGCGUCUGCAGCCACCACGACGACGGCGGCCACGGCGGCCUCGGAGGCGGAGGCGGCGACGAGGCCGGCUGCUCGGUGGGCUCGGCGUCGCCGACGCUCCCGGCGAAGGGCGCCGACGUCUUCGGCCAGAGCAACGGCAACGGGGGGGUGAUGAUGGUGGUGCUGCCCAAUGGGGUCUUCCAGAAGCAGAAGGCCGGGGAGUGUGGAGCCACGGACGGAGGGGGAGAGUCCGGUCAUGGGGAGAGGUCUCCGAUGCAGGGCAGGCCCAAGCCCAAGACGCUGCCCAAGCCCAGGGUCAACCUGGACCAGUAUCGGGCGGCGGCGUCCAUGGACGAGUCGGGCGUGCUGGAGCACAAGCUGCUCCCGCCGUACACGCCCGAGAGUGAGAGGCUGCCGCUCUUCUACUCGCCCUCGUCCAGCCCCUCGCCGUCCACACUGCCCCGCCAGUCACGACGGCCCUCGGCGGCCGGGGGGACGAGGCUGGGCGGGGCCAUGGGGCAGGUGAAGGUCAGCUCGCGGCCGCAGACGCCACAGGGUGGGCUGGAGGUGGAGCUGCCCAAGCGGGGCAGCCUGACGUUCGCCACCACCACACCCACUCGUGGCCGCGCCGGCGAGUUCGGCGAAUGGCGCUCCAGUUUGGGGGCGGAGGGGGUGGUCGUGGUCAAGCGCGGCGGCAGCAGCCAGUGGAACUCCUCGCAGGCCUAUCAGAGCCCCGCGCUGCUCGGCGCUCUCUUGACCCCUCCUCUCCUGCCCCGCUCCCCUGCCCACUCCUGCCGCUCGCCCGUACACGGCAGCCCCGCCCACAUGGCCCUGCGCACCAAGCGCAGCUCGUCCUUCGACAUGGGCGAGAUCGCGGCGGCCGGCGCCAUGGUCACCACCACCACGCACAACGCCUCCGCCUGCUACACCUACGCCAAACGCUUGGGCGCCAUCUGGACGCGGCGGAGCCAGUCGCUGCACGGCAUGCUGGUCCAGUGCGCGUCGGCCACCAGCACGUCCACCACCAGCAGCGGCGAGGGCAGCGUCAGCAGUGGCGCGGACCUGCAGGCACGGACGCCCAGGGCCCGCGUCGUCGCCCACGGCCCCCCCAGCUCCACCGCCGCCGGCCGCAACACCGCCGCUCCGCCCAUCAGCCACACGCUUGACCGCAAGAAGGACAAAAAGGAGACGAAAGACGAGGAGUUGGAGGAGAGCGUAGUGUAAUGCGCAGAGACAGACGCAGCACUUUUUUUUUUUAAAGAGAACAAAACAACAAAGAGAGAUACAAGGAAAAGGUCGAAAAUGAGAACGCUGACACUCACAAGUGCAGAGGACAACAUUAGGGGGGCUUUGUUGGCGGAAAGGUAGAUGGAAACGGACAGACUGUCAAGAUCUGACAGGAAGAGAGAUACAGUGACGAGAGGAAGCAAAGGAUGAAAGAGGGAGAAAGAGAGAGACAGAGAGCAGAGGAAGAAAGUGAAAUGGUGAAAGGUACAGUGUAAAAACAUGGGGAAACACAUUUGCCCUUGUCGGCACAACUGCUGCCAGAGGGCAAAUCCAGAUAUAAAGAGAGAGAUAGAGAGAGAGAGAGAGAGAGAGAUAAAGAGAGAGAAAGACAGAGAAAAAGAGAGAGAGACAGAGAGAGAGAGAGAGAUAAGAGA